CGUUAGCGGAAACAGGUUGUUAGCUCCAGGAAAUCAGAUGGUUGAAAAAAAGCCUUUCUUUCUGAAGCAGAACCCACCUUGUAUACAGUCACAUAUAUACCGGAUCAGUAAUAAACUGUAGCCAAUGGACGGUGGGAUUAUAACACUGAGUCUGCGUCGAUAACGGGCCCGGUUGCUAGGGCGCCGGGCUGGGCCGGAACCAGAACCAGGCCCGGGCUAAGGGAAGGACGCAGUCAACGCUGCGGCGAUACCGGCGGGCUGCUGUGGGGACUGUCAUGCGGUUUGAGGUGGGGGUCUAAUGUGUACCACCGUGACCUGCCGUCAGUAGACAACAAGUUCACUGACCAACGCCGGCGCUUGUGGUGAAUCACAUCGAUCUAACGACUGAAAGCGCGAGGAUGGCACAGCGGGAAUUCAGCCAGGCGCGAGCUAGCUUUAGCGCUAGCUAACGCCGGAGUUGCCGGACAUCAACUUUUACUGUCUCACUAGCUGGAAAACGUAGAAAAAUCCAAGUAUGAGCGGUUGAACUGUUUAUGUGAAUGAGGGGGGUUAUUGUAUAUCGUCUAACUUUUGUGGCUUCUCUCGUUAGCUCUCGUAAAGGCCUGAUAAAUGUUUGUGGAGCGAGUAUAGCAGUCGUUAGCUGCUGAGUUAGCCCGCCUUGACCGCCCCAAUGAAAGAAUACAAAGUUGUCGUGCUGGGCAGCGGCGGCGUCGGGAAAUCCGCGCUCACCGUGCAGUUUGUCACCGGCACUUUUAUCGAGAAAUAUGACCCGACCAUCGAGGACUUCUACCGGAAGGAGAUCGAGGUGGACUCGUCGCCCUCCGUGCUGGAGAUCCUGGACACGGCGGGGACGGAGCAGUUCGCGUCCAUGAGAGACCUGUACAUCAAGAACGGACAGGGCUUCAUCCUGGUCUACAGCCUGGUCAACCAGCAGUCUUUCCAGGACAUCAGACCAAUGCGAGACCAAAUAGUGCGAGUGAAGCGCUUUGAGAAGGUGCCGCUGAUUUUGGUUGGUAACAAAGUCGACCUGGAGUCUGAGCGUGAGGUGGCUGGAUCAGAUGGACGGGCUUUGGCUCAAGAGUGGGGCUGCCCCUUUAUCGAAACCUCUGCCAAGAGCAAGACGAUGGUGGAUGAGCUGUUUGCAGAGAUUGUCCGGCAGAUGAAUUACUCCUCGCUGCCAGAGAAGCAGGAACAGUGCUGCACAGCCUGCGUGGUACAGUGAGGAAAAGACUCAUCAUUUGUCUGGAUCCACCUCAAGCUUUUCGAUGAUCCGUUAACCCGGGCACAACCUGACUUCAACCCUGCUGAUUAAAAACUUACCGCAGCUGGCAAAGUUUCUGCUUGAGGUGGUUUCUGACUUCCUGUCUCAGAGCAUCUGACAGGAAAGACGUCGGUCCUAUUUUUGAUAUCAUAACUGUUAGAAGAUGUUUCUGCUGCAACCUCAACGGCCUUCGCGAUGACCCGGGAUCAAGUUGGACUGACUGACUUUUACGAACGGCCACCUGUGAAUUCGUCUUUUCGGGGUUUUUUGUUUUGUUUUGUUUUGUUUUUUAUGUGUGUGUGUU